AUGGAUGCCGUGGUUCUGGACAGCAUAAUCAACCGGCUACUUCAGGUCUCGACUGACUCGCCGGGGGAGUACCAGCUGAGGAUCCUGGAGGCGGAAAUCUGUGAGCUCUGCGUCGUCUCUAGCAAGAUUUUCCUGCAGCAGCCCAAUCUUCUGGAGCUCGAAGCCCCCAUCAAUGUCUGCGGUGAGCCUCACGAUCUUCUUACCCUCCCGAUUUAUUCCAUGAUUUUUCCCUCAAUCUCGCCUCCCAAAACCCAAAGUAUCCCCCGACCUGCUCCUUCCUUGUUCGAUUCCUCCGAUAGACUUUGGGGAGGGGGGAGCGAUACUCCAACCUUCUAGGGUUCUUCUGCAGGAGACAUCCACGGGCAAUACUCCGAUCUUCUGAGGUUCUUCGACCGCGGCGGGUUCCCUCCGGCGGGGAGGUACCUCUUCCUGGGGAACUACGCCGGAAGGGGAGGACAGAGCGUGGAGACAAUGUGCCUUCUUCUGGCCUACAAGAUCAGGUAUCCAGACAGCUUCUUCCUCCUGCGGGGGAACCAUGACUGCGAAUCCAUGGCCCGGAUGUGGGGUUUCCGCGAUGAAUGCAAGGCGAGAUUCAACGCGAGACUGUGGAGGCUGUUCGUCGCGUGCUUCGACUGCCUGCCGGCGGCGGCCAUCAUCGGCGGGAAGGUCAUCUGUCUCCAUGGCGGGCUUUCUCCGGUGCUCACGGACCUCGAUCAGAUCAGGGCCAUGGCCCGCCCUGCCGACGUUCCUCUGGCGGGUCUUCUCUGCGACAUUCUCUGGUCAGAUCCCAGCAAGGAAGUUCCUAGAUGGGGGCUUAAAGUGAGAGGCUUCUCCUAUAUCUUUGGAGCCGAAGUGGUCUCAGAGUUCCUCCACCGCAACGGGCUUGCCCUGCUCUGCCGUUCCCACCAGGUUCCUCCUCGGCCAAGUUGCAGAAAGAAGCGGCGCCAUGGCUUCUGCACACUGACCUGCUGAUCCCUUUCCCUCUCAGGUUGUGGACGAUGGAUAUGCGUAUUUUGCAGGGGAGAAGCUCGUCACAGUGUUCUCGGCGCCCAGUUUCUGUGGCGAGUACAUGAAUGCAGGUUCCAUGAUGAGCAUUGACGGAGACUUGAAGCAUUCCUUCAUAACCCUGAGACCUCCCACAGAGCGGAGGCUCAAGUUCUUCCCCAGGGCAUUGUCCAAGCCCGGAGCUUCUUCGCGGGUCAAGGUAGACAUGCGAUUAUUAGUCAACUGGGUUUGAAGUGGACGUCCUGGUUGACUUGUGUUCUUCUUGGAUAUGGAAAGCUUGCAGAGUGGAAAAUAGAGUUAUUUGGGACAUCAAGGGCUGGUAAAGUCAGGACAACUCCAGGGGUCAAGGUACGUUAAACCAUGGUCACUCCGAAAUAAAGUCAACUGCCAUUAUUUCUCAUGUAGAUUUGGUCUCGUCCUUAGUAAGUGUUCAAGCCUGUGUAGAUUAUGCCGAAGAAUUGAACUCUGUUUUCCAGUUUUCUUCUACAGCAUCUUGGUUACUGAUUUCUGCUAA